CAGGACUAGUGAGGCUUCGCCGACCGCCAGCGAAGGGCCGGGCGCGCCGCACGCACAGGCAGCCAGCCACACUUCACGGCUCGCUCACGCCACAUACACUUGGGCGGACACGGCAGCGGCGCGACUUCGGCCACGCUCACAACUACACAAAAGAACACAAAGCUCCCUGGGCAGUGAGCGGACGGAAGCCCGACAGGGGGUGUUGUCGCCGUGCAGUGGUCCUCACUGAGCGGCUCGAGGCAAGCAAGAGGUGCGCACCCCCAGACACCGACGACCAUGCCGGCCCCGUGGUGCUGAACAGAGCCGACGAAGCGCAUGUCGUCUCCGCGGGCAGCAGAGAUGGUGGCGUCGGGUCUAGCCCAAAGAUUGCUGCUGCUAUCAUCACUCGCACUGUGCUUCUAUAGCGCACUGUCUUCUAAUUACCCGGCAGAGUACCGUGAACUCUAUCGCGACUACACGCGGUACAACCGGUCCGGAUCGUACAAUGGCCGGGACCAGAGCGGAAGCCGGCGCGGAGGCUACAACGGCUACGCUGAGCAGAGGAACUGCAGCUCCUGCUCGGGAUGCAGAUGUAUAGGAGAAAAAGGAUCUCGGGGAACGCCAGGCCUUACCGGUCCAUCAGGACCUCCUGGCAUCCAGGGACACCCUGGACCCGAAGGCCUGCCUGGUGACAAAGGAGAGAAAGGAGAGGCCGGUCGGGACGGACCCCGCGGCCCCAAGGGAGAACGGGGAAAAAUGGGUAUGCCCGGAUUCCCCGGAAUUAACGGAAUACCGGGCAUUCCAGGAUCUCCGGGAUCCAGAGGAGCUCCUGGCCUCGACGGUUGCAACGGUACAAAGGGAGAUCCUGGCCCACUCGGUCCUCUCGGACCGCACGGACCACCCGGUGACCCCGGUCCACCUGGUCCUCCAGGACCUAGAGGAGAGCCCGCCUACGGACCCCCAGGAACCAAGGGAGAGAAGGGAGACCCCGGACGCAAUGGUCAAGUUGGACCUCCCGGACCACCGGGAGCUGACGGCGUUCCAGGACAAAAGGGUGACGUUGGCCCCGAAGGACCACCGGGUUUCCGAGGGAACGACGGACCAGUAGGACCCAAAGGAAACAUGGGCAUCGGCUUCACUGGAAGCAAGGGAGAACCGGGUGAAAAAGGCUCUCAAGGAUCGCGUGGACCACCCGGGAACUGCAGCGAGCCGAGUCACAAGGUUCCUGACAGCAUUGUUGGCCCUCCUGGCGAAAGAGGACUAAAGGGAAGCAAGGGCGAGCCAGGCAUGAAGGGAGAUCCCGGACAAUCCGGAAAUCCAGGACCAAGCGGAAAGCAUGGUGACAUCGGCAUGAAGGGAGAAAAGGGCUUGCCCGGACACCCAGGCCCCAGGGGCAAAGAUGGCUACCCAGGGCCUGUUGGGCCAGCAGGAUUUAAGGGUGACAGAGGAGAUGAAGGUCUUCCAGGUUUGAAAGGAGUCAGCGGCCUGCGAGGAGACCCUGGCGUGCCCGGGGAACCAGGUCCCCGUGGUCUGCCAGGACCACCCGGUCUUCCAGGAGGUUCGCAAGGAAGGGCCGGUCCCGCUGGUCCUCCUGGUCCUAAAGGUCUGCCAGGUCUUCCUGGUCCACCCGGGAAAGACGGAUUCCCCGGUGACCUCGGUCCCCGCGGUUUGCCGGGCAAUGCCGGAGGACCCGGCCAGCCCGGAAUUCCUGGCCGCGAAGGCCCACCUGGCCCGAAGGGUGACAAGGGUGACAACGGACUUCCGGGUCUGCCUGGUCUCGAGGGCCCAACGGGCUACCCAGGAGCCCCAGGUCCCAAGGGUGAACCUGGUCCGAAGGGUGUCCCCGGCAUCUCCUACCCGGGUAUCAAAGGCAUGGACGGCAGCAAUGGUCUCGACGGCUUCCCUGGCGCCAAGGGAGAGAGGGGACCCAAGGGAGAGCGCGGUGCCCCCGGCGACUCUCUGGAGGGCAUUCCUGGCCGUCCCGGCCCCAUUGGACCGAAGGGAGAAAAAGGCUUCGACGGAUUCCCGGGCACACCUGGCACACCUGGAACUCCAGGCUCCAAAGGCGAGAAGGGUGGAAGUUGCCUGUCCUGCGAAUCGGGCGAUAAAGGCGAGAAAGGCGAGCGCGGUCGUGAUGGAGCGCCGGGCCAGGCUGGACCGAGAGGCCAUGAGGGAGCAUCUGGUGCCCCUGGAGAACGCGGUGACGAUGGCCUGCCCGGACCCCCAGGACCGCCUGGCGCCGAGGGUAUUCCCGGUAGACCAGGCCGCGAUGGAGAAAGAGGAGACAAGGGUGAACCAGCAAUUUUCGACACACAAAUCAUCCCGCCGGGAGUCGGUCAGAAAGGAGAAAAAGGCUUGCAAGGACCACCAGGACCGCCCGGCUUCGACGGCCGUGACGGACCUCCAGGACCUAGCGGUCUUGACGGACUUCGUGGACUGAAGGGCGAGAAGGGUUUGCCUGGAGUUCCCGGAACCCCUGGUCAGCCUGGACCUGAGGGUCGGCCGGGUCCUAUCGGACAGAAGGGAGAUACCGGAUACGGUCGCAAGGGCGAACAGGGCGAGAGGGGCCCCAAGGGACAGCGAGGCUUCACCGGAGGCAAGGGCGAGAAGGGACUGCGCGGCCCGCCAGGUCCCGGCAGCUUGUUGGACCCAGUACGUGGACCUCCUGGACCACCAGGAGAACCCGGUAGGCCUGGACUGGACGGACUGCAGGGACCCAAGGGUGAUGGUGGCACUCCUGGUCGCGAUGGAUAUCCUGGUACGAAGGGAGAGAGAGGAGACUCUGGAUACCCCGGACAGCCCGGCCCCAGAGGUCUUCCGGGUCCUCGUGGCGAGAAGGGCGAACAGGGACCUGGGGGAAUCCCCGGAGAACCAGGAGCAAAGGGCAACCCAGGACUGCCGGGUCUCGACGGGCCCCCAGGACCCGUUGGUGAACCUGGCUUCCCCGGCUCCGGCCUGCCGGGACCACCUGGUCUGCCCGGCUUCCCGGGACUGAAGGGAGACAGGGGAUACCCAGGAGGACCCGGCCUGCCAGGUGAACCGGGACUGCCGGGAUUCCCGGGUGCGAAGGGUGACACUGGCGCACCCGGCUUGCCCGGUGUCUUGGGUGAAAAGGGCAGCAAAGGUGAACCAGCCAGAGAAGGGACUCCAGGACCUCAAGGACCCCAAGGUUUGCCCGGAUUCCCUGGAGAGAAAGGCGAGCCCGGUUACCCCGGCCUAUCAGGAUCACCCGGCACACCGGGACUUCCAGGAACAAAGGGCGAAGCCGGCUUUCCUGGCCUGCCAGGCCUGCCCGGUUUUGACGGAGCCCCAGGAGCCCCCGGAGAGCCCGGACGGGACGGCACAAUCGGCUUCCCGGGAGUACCAGGCGAAAAGGGCGACAAAGGAGGUCCUGGCUUCCCUGGAAUUCCGGGCCAGCGAGGCACUGAUGGAGCCCCCGGUCUGCUCGGCGAUAAGGGCGACGCCGGCUACCCCGGAGCUCCAGGCUUCGACGGUGCCCCCGGAGCGCCUGGAGCCAAGGGAGAGCCUGGUCUACCCGGACUGCCUGGAGAAAAGGGUCUGCCUGGCGACGUUUCCGAGAAGGGAGAGAGAGGAUACCCGGGUCUUCCUGGAUCCCCUGGCCCCGUUGGUCCUCCUGGAGCGCCUGGUUAUGAUGGAGUCGCUGGGUUGAAGGGAGAUCCUGGACCACCGGGCCAAGGCCUACCAGGUCUUCAGGGCCCACCAGGACCAAAAGGAGCUGAUGGCUUCCCGGGAGUGCCUGGAACACCAGGAGAGAAGGGUGCCGACGGAUCACCUGGUUUCCCCGGCGUCAAGGGAGACAGAGGCUUCCCCGGCCUCCCAGGCCCGCCGGGUCAACCAGGACGCGAUGGCGCACCAGGUAUAAUAGGACCAAAGGGAUUCGACGGCGCGCCUGGCUUGCCCGGAAACAAGGGCGACCGCGGCCAGGAUGGCUUUCCUGGAGUUCCGGGUCCCGUCGGACCUGUCGGACCUACCGGAUCACCCGGUUUCCCCGGCCUGGACGGAGGGCCAGGCCAAAAGGGAGACCGUGGAUACCCUGGCCUGCCCGGUGAAAAGGGAGAAAAGGGUCUCAAGGGAGACGAAGGCGUUGCAGGAUUCCCGGGACUUCCUGGCGAAAAAGGAAACCGAGGAUACGAUGGAGUUCCUGGACUCCCAGGUGACAAGGGAGACAGAGGGACGCCCGGACUGCCAGGUCUCUCAGGUCUUGACGGAGAGCGAGGGUUCCCAGGGGCCCCCGGUCCUCAGGGCCUUCCUGGUCUUCCAGGACAAGGCGGAGUAGGUGCCAAGGGUGAAAAGGGCGACGUCGGCCGACCCGGCCUGGACGGUUUUCCUGGACUUCCUGGUUUAAAGGGUGACGCAGGUUUCCCCGGGCUGCCCGGCCAGAGGGGACCCCCAGGCGAGUCUCCCACCGAAGGUAUACCGGGACAGAAGGGCGAGCGCGGCUACCCCGGUCCGCCAGGUCUGCCUGGUCAGAACGGCUUGCCGGGCCCCAAGGGUCAGGACGGUUUCCCAGGCCUAGAUGGUGAAAAGGGAGAUGCCGGCUUCCCAGGCCUCCCAGGACCACCGGGACCACCGGGACUGCCAGGAUUUCCUGGCGAAGAUGGAUUCCCUGGCGUGCCGGGAGUUAAGGGCGACAAGGGCGACGCUGGUUUCCCGGGUCUUCCAGGCUUGGUAGGCCUCAAAGGAGAACCUGGUCUUCCUGGAUUCGCUGGUUUGGACGGAGCUCCCGGGCUUCCUGGUCUCCAGGGAGACAAAGGAGAACCAGGCCCUGCCAACUUAGUGAAGGGAGAAAAGGGCGAACGUGGAGAGACGGGUGCCCCAGGCCUGCCAGGACCUAAGGGCAACCCAGGAGCCCCUGGCUUCCCAGGGCUGAAGGGAGACGCUGGCCGACCAGGUCCACAGGGUCCUCCGGGACCAGUGGGUCCUGUAGGACCAAAGGGAGAACGCGGUCUGCAAGGUACCGCGGGUCUACCGGGUCUCCCGGGAGCACAGGGCCAACCAGGCAAUCCGGGUCCGCCAGGACUGCCCGGCGGCGACUACCUCAUGGGAAUCCUGUUGGUCCGCCACAGCCAGUCGGCGACAGUGCCGACCUGCUUCAAUGGCAUGACCAAGCUCUGGGACGGUUACUCGCUCCUCUACAUCGAAGGCAACGAAAAGUCCCACAACCAGGAUCUCGGUUAUGCCGGCUCCUGCCUCAGGAGAUUUAGCACCAUGCCUUUCCUGUUUUGCGACUUCAACAGCGUGUGCAAUUACGCCAGCCGCAACGACAAGUCCUACUGGCUUUCGACGAACGCACCGAUACCAAUGAUGCCCGUUGGAGAAGACACCAUCAGACAGUACAUCAGUCGAUGCGUGGUCUGUGAAGCCCCAGCCAACGUCAUAGCAGUUCACAGCCAGUCCAUGUCAAUACCCGAGUGCCCAUCUGGAGGGUGGAACCAGUUGUGGAUUGGUUACAGUUUUGCCAUGCACACGGCAGCCGGCGCCGAGGGAGGCGGUCAGUCGCUGUCCAGUCCCGGUUCGUGCCUCGAGGACUUCAGGGCCACGCCGUUCAUUGAGUGCAACGGCGCGCGCGGCACGUGCCACUACUUCGCCAAUAAGCUCAGCUUCUGGCUGUCCACCAUCGAGCAGGACUUCCAGUUCGAACGGCCCGUCAGCGAAACGCUCAAGGCUGGCAAGCUUCGCAACCGUGUUAGUCGCUGUGCUGUAUGCAUCAAAGACUCCAACAUCGGCUUCUAGGCGCACAGAUGGCGAGUAAAAGAACGACGGACAGUGCCCAGCAGGAGAGCUAAGGACCCACCCGAUGUAGCGGGCGGAAUGAUGUCCCGAAGCACGAUGUGGGUUCUUUCUUCCUUUUUUUUUUUUUCUGCACUUGAUUAGAAAAAAUUUUUAUUGUUGUUGUUGUUACUGUUUUCUACUUCUUUUUUGUUUUUCCUUUCAUCAGCACAGGUGGAACCCAGCUUGUCUUCUUGCCGUUUUGUUGCAGGAUAGUAAAGGGCGCAUUUGUACAUGUUUUCAUCAUAGCUCUUGAACUUAAACGGUGCUUCGUUUGUUUUCUUCUAGACUCGAUGCUAGCAUGCAAAGCUGCCUAGCAGCGAACUGCCAAGUCAAUAUCGCACACAUACACACGAACAUUUACCGAUACGCGGAAACACCUACCAAGUGACUGCUCUUUUAAAUGGACAAUCAGAAAAGCUUACUGUGCGAUUCAUGCUGGAGCUGUCUACAAGUUGGACAGUCGCAAUGGUGCCGUACAAGGUAGCAGUGGAGAACUGGUCACUUUAUUUAAUAUUCUUCCUUUUGGCUCAGCGUUUUUCUUUUUUCCUUGUUACGUUGUUACAACCAGCGAGCGGAUCGAGGGCUCAGAAAUGGACAUACAUCGUCACUACACACAUCUGUACCACUAUUGCUUAUGCAAAGUACGCCAAAGCAGUUCUCUCUUUUUCCUUUCAAUAAUAUGUGCUGCAUUUUCUCCUGUAACACUGCCAUUUUUAUAUUAUCAGACCAAUUUUGUUGGCUGUGCAACCUCACUGUGUGACGUCAAAUGUGUUGUUUACUUGAGCAGCGCAGUCUAGAAUUGUUUUUCUUAGAGCAUCAUGUUUGAGGCUUCGGGGGUCGGGGAACACUGCCAUUGAACUUAAACUAGUCGCUCUGUGUAAAAAAUUAUGUUGCAUAAAAUAAAACAAUGCUAAGCAUUUUUAUGUUCCUAA